AUGGGCAAAAAGACCGUCGUUCCCGAUGCCUGGGACGAUGACUGGGAGGCCCAGGCGGAUCAGGCCGCCAAGGAAGAGGCCGAGAAUCCUACUCCUGCGCCAGUCUUGACAAAGUCUGAGCGUCUGGCUGUCCACGCAGAAUCAAACCGUAAACUCUGGGAAUCAGCAGAAUCAAACGAGACGUUCCAUUACGUCGAGGCCGCCAGCACUGUCCCGCUGGCUGCAGCAUUCAAGCCGCAGGUCAAAGUCCUCAGCCGAAAGCCCGUCAUUGCUAAGCGCGGCGGUCCUUCGGGGGCCAUGGGUCAGCUCAGCCUGGACGACGACGACGACGACGCCAAGAAGGAGGUGCAGCUGAGCCCCGAGGAAGUGCGGGCCAGGCAAAAGCGCGAGCGCGAGGAGAAGCAGCGCAAGUACGACGAGGCCCGCGCAAAGAUUUUUGGAGAGUCGGCCCCGUCAUCCCGCGGGUCAUCGCCAGGCAUCGGCACCACGACACCCCCAAGGCCAGAUUCGAGGUCGCAGCAGCAGCAGCAGGGCAGAGGGCGAGGGCGCGGCGGAGGACGAGGCGCGGAUAAUGCCCGCGGCCCAUUUGAAUCACGCCGGGCAGCGGUGGCAGCGGCGCCACAGGCCAGCGCUGGAAAGCUCUUUGAUCCCAACUACGCACCGAAGCCGGACUCUGGAGCCCCGAAGCGAGACGAGACGGCGGGUGGUGCCGCAGUGGGCAACACGCGGCUGCAGAACCGAGACGAGGGCGCACCGAUUCGAGCACCGCGCGGACCGGAUGGCACUGGAAGGGGAGGGUUUGGGUUUGCGCGCCGCGGCGCUAAAGAAGCUUGA